UGUUAUUCCAAUAUCAACAAAUAUAAUAAGUGAAGUUCAAAGUUCCCAACACCACCCUCCCCCGCCGUCCGCCGCCGAACGCAGCCAUACGUAACAAUACAUACAUGGAUAGAUAUACGCAUAAAGAUAGAGAUUUGGAAGGACUAACAGAAGAGGAGAAAAGGGCACUAAGAGGGAGUAAAUUUGCACCGCUUCCAUCUGCUCCUCAACCCCGCCAUCAACCCAGGCAAGCUCAUCCGGGCGGGCCAUUGAAAACUAAUAAAGCAGCAGCAUUAGCUAAAUUCUUGAAGAGAAAAUUGCAGGAGCCAAAUGGAUUGGCCUCUGUUGAUCCCAAACUUGUUGAAUUGGCUGUUAAAAAUGCCAAAGAUGCCGUUAAUCCAAGUGGGACCUCGAGUUCUGGAAGAACAAUUCAUCAUGUGGAUUCUUUUGGUGAUUCUGAGGAGUCAGCUGAAGAGGAGGUUAAGAUCUCUGUGUCAAAGAAGCGUAAGAAGAAGAGAAAGAAGUCAGAUAGAAAGCAACAGAAAAAAAUGAAGAACUUAAAGGACUCUACGGAUGGAAAGAAGAAAAGACCUAAAAAAAAGAUGAAACAAUGACCUUGAGUGAAUUCAGUGUUUGGUGAUUCCUGGAGUCUAUUAGAGGGGAACAAUCAAGACUCGAGCCGAAGUACCGUCGCAAAGUGAGGAUGCUUAUGUUUCCCCUUUAAAAGUCAUGCAUAGAUCGGGUGGCUGAGGAAGUCGGCCACCAGGCAGAUGUUGUGUAGUUUCAGUGGCCUUGUUAACUGGGUUUUUAACCACGACGGGCUGCAGAAGAGAAAUCUUUUCUCCUACAAAUUGUCAUUGUCAGGAAAAUCACAUUUCAACAACUUGUAACUUGUCUGUUGUUCUGCUAAGUUUUAUUUUUUCCCCGUGGGAUCCAUUCUUUUUCAUUUUGUGUUUAGUAUUACAGGUAGUAUUACAUUCGGUUCAGUUUGUACUAACCUGUUGGUGACUGGAGUAAAUACUUACAAUUGUGCUUUUGGGGUUUCAGAUACAAUCGAAUCGACACUCUAAUUUGAAAGAUCAA